CUUAAUUUCCUAGCUGCUUCUGGUAUUCUCCUCGUUGUCCAGCCCUUUCCAUGGUAUAUCGAGGGAAAUUGAGUCCCGCCUGUGGAUGGUGUCGCAUCCGCCGUCUGAAAUGUGACCAGCAGCGCCCCUCUUGCUCGCAGUGCAUCCGUGGCAAUCGCCUGUGCUAUGGGUAUCGCGAUGUCUCAGCGGGUAGAUUCUGCGACCAGAGCGCCGAGGUGAGAGGCAAGCAUUCUGAGGAUGAAGAAACCUCAAUCCAGGUGUUCUCUGCUGUCCCUUUCCCCACUGCGUCACCAGUUAAGCGGCGGAGACUGGGUGGUCAAUCAGAGUUCGCCAUGCUGCAACAGAUAUCCAUCCCGCUCAACGACCAGGGCACAGCCUUCAUCCUAGCUCAUUAUGUGGGCGGUAGUGGCCUCAAUCAGGCCCGAGGGCAUCUGGGCUUCCUGCCCAAGAUAAUGUCGUCUCAGUCAGGGCUUGCCAUCACUACGUCGAUCAAUGCCGUGGGGUUGGCAGCCUUGUCGAAUAUUCAUAUGUCCCCGCAGCUUAUGCUCACUGCACGACAGGAGUAUGUCAAGGCCCUGGCCGAGACCAAUAUCGUGCUCAGCGACCAAGUCUUGUCCAGGUCAAAUGCCACCCUAACCGCCGUCAUGCUCCUGAGCAUGUAUGAAGUCAUGACCUGUCAAGGUCCUCCCCUGAUAGACCGAUGGUUGGAUCAUGUUGAAGGGUUUGCGAGACUCGUCGAGCUGCGUGGGCUCGAGCAGCUCGAAGACGCCGUUGGAAUGGAGUUGUUCAGUCAAUUUCGAAUGAACAUUGUUCUGGGUAACAUCUGGCUGAAAGCGCCUACCCCCGCUUGGUUGAUUACCUAUUCCAAUGACGCUUUUGCCCGUCGCGAUCCAAAAGAAAGGCCUAGUGAUGAGCUCUUCUUCCUUCUCGCGCAAGUCUGCGAUUUAUGCGCCACAAUGCGAGACGGUCUGCUCCAAGAACCAGUCACGGUGAUCAGAACUGCCCUCCAGCUAGACGCGGAACUAGUCUCUCGUGCAAUGUCGGUUGAUUCUACCUGGCACUAUACCGUGAUCGAGAUGCCUCCGACUGCUACUCCCCAACCCGCGCACAUCUACGGAGACCAAUACCACCUCUACCCCAAUAUUGAUGUGAUUUCGUGGUGGAACUACUACCGCGUGGCGCGUCUGAUUCUCCACCAACUGGUCGCAUCAUUCUCCGACCUUCUUGGACGCCGGCACGCAGCCACUAGCCGCGAGUACCGACAGAGCCUCGCCCAGAGCGUUACUCUCUCCCGGCAGUUGGCAGAGGAUAUCUGUGCCAGCGUGCCGUACUUUUUUGGGGCUACGGAGACAUUCCCGGGCAAGGGGCUCGGGGGGGGCCGUACAGUGGGAGUGAUUCGUACUAUAUGGCCUCUGUUCAUCGCCGCUGAUUGUAUCGGGACGACCCCGAGCAUGAUGGUAUGGAUCUCGCAGUGUUUGAUGAAGAUCGGCCGUAGUCUGGGGAUCCAACAGGCCGUGGCGAUGGCGGAGCUUCUCAGUGGUGAUAAGCAUCUGGACUGGCUGACUGUAGAGCUUGAAAAGGUAGGAAUCCGAGAGAGGAUAUGA